AUGGCUGAAGAAUCAUGGGAUACUGCCAAGGCCUCCCACUUGGUGGAGGAUAACUAUAGGCUGUGGGUGAUAAAGAUGCAGGUGGUGCUGGUGCAGAAGGAUCUGUGGGAGCAGGUGGACAUAGAGUGCUGGUUCAAGUUACGCAACACCCACAGGGCAAAGGGGUUCAUCACAGAGUUGGCCAAGUGGUGGACAUUCUAUUAUGUGCAGAUGCAGGAGAGCGAGUCAUGUCAGGGAUGGAUUGCUAGGGUGAAGGCUCUGGUGAGGGCACUGAAAGAGGUCAAUGUCGAGGUCGAUGAAAUCCAGAAAGUGUUGGUCCUGGUCAUGGGACUGAUGGACAAGUAUGGGUGA